GUCGCGAUGCUAAGGACGACUCGAGACAGUCUUGGGAAGAGCCACGACCGAUAGAACUCAUUAAGAGGACGGCCUCUAUUUCCCCUCCCACGCGUCGCGACAAUUGCUUCUAGCGGAACGCCCGUCUGCUUGUAUUGCGACUGUAUACGCUCAGGUAUAUAUACCUGAGCAACGCCGAAAAAACCUGGCCAGUCGUGUGCGACUGUUUGUCACCGUUCCGCGCGGAUUUUCCUCCUCGAUCGUCGCUCCUACGCACGUCGCGGUUCCGUCACAGGAUCGUCAUCCUCGAAUAGACUCGCAACGGAACACGAGGAGGUCUCUUUCACGACGAAGGACGCGGAGUUUGAGGAAGUUUGCACACUUUUCUCUCUAGACUUUGGAAGAGUCCACGCCAACUUACGACGCCUGCGAAAACGAAGUAGUUCGAAGAAGUUUGAAGAAGUUUGAAGCAGUUGGGAGGACCGACAGUGACGGAUCGUGUCUCAUCUCGAUCGUCUGUAACGACUGGAGUUCCAGUUCGAGCAGUUCCUCCCGGUAUCAGUGAGCGCGAAAAAUAAAAGCGUGCGCGUCUAUUACACGGGGCAAAUUUUAUCGUCGCCGCGGCACCACAAUUAUCAGCGAUAAGAAAAAUCCCUGCGGACGAUCGAGCAAUCCGAUCGAAGGCACAGACGCGCGCUCGGUAUCGUUGUGCAAUUCAUUUGUGCGUGGGAUUUAUUCAGCGGUGUAUCGUCGGCCAGUAAAUCGUACGACACUGACCGAGACUUCUAUGAUCCGCUGAUAAAUCAUUAUCUAUCGCGUAACCUACCGGACGCUGUAAAACGAUAAAAGUACGGUAAACCGUCGGAGCAUCCUUAGUACGGAACGAAGGAGGAUAGGAUGUAAAUAGACGGCUGUCGGGAAAUCGAGCUACUCCGUUUCUUCGUCUCAGCCACGAGCACAUCCGUUUCUUUCCGUCGAGGACUGGGAUCAACCAGGGUGCACAUUCACCAUGGGGAAAGACACGAAGGAGAAGUCAGCCUCUGACAAUCAAAUGCAAGAGUUCAACAGCAGCACCAAAAUAGCUGGUGUUGUUAUCGGCGAUUACAAUGAGAAAGAUGAACUCUACAAUCCCUUCGAGCACCGUGACAAGAAGAACACCAAUUCAGAUUUGGGUGCCUUGGCCCAUCUGCUGAAAUCGUCUCUAGGCACUGGGGUCUUAGCCAUGCCAAGUGCAAUAAAAAAUGGUGGACUGGUGAUCGGCGGGAUCGGGACGAUAAUAAUUGGAUUCAUAUGCGCCCACUGUGUUCACAUAUUGGUACGCUCCUCCCACGUGCUCUGCAAACGAACGAAAACAUCCAGCAUGACGUACGCGGAAACAGCGGAAGCAGCUUUUCUUUACGGGCCAAAAUCAGUCAGGCCUUUCGCGAACAUCAGUCGGAUAUUCGUAGAGAUUGCAUUAUGCGCGACGUACAUUGGCGGAGCUUGCGUUUACGUGGUCUUCGUGGCGACCUCCAUUCAACAGGUGGCCAACUAUUACAGUGAUAUGGACAUAUCGAUCCGUACGUAUAUAAUCACGCUGAUUCCAGCAAUGUUGCUGCUCGGACAGGUGCGAAACUUGAAAUACCUGGUGCCGUUUUCCAUGGCCGCCAAUGUCUGCAUGAUGGUCGGUUUCGCGAUAACCCUUUACUACGUCUUCAGCGGAAUCCAAACAUCGACGAACGUGAAACUGUUCUCGUCGAUCGAGCAGCUGCCCACGUUCUUCGCGACUGUGAUAUUUGCCAUCGAGGGCAUCGGCGUUGUGAUGCCCGUGGAGAACAGCAUGCGGAAUCCGCACCAUUUUCUGGGAUGUCCCAGUGUCCUCAACAUAACUAUGACGAUAGUAGUGUCUCUGUACACUAUAUUAGGUGUGUUCGGUUACCUGACUUAUGGCGAGGACGUUAAGGGGAGCAUCACGUUGAAUAUCCCGAUCGAGGAUGUACUGGGACAAGCAGUGAAAAUACUAAUCGCCAUAGCCGUUUUGUUCACGUACGGACUACAGUACUUCGUGCCAUUGGACAUUAUAUGGCACUCCUUGAAGGAGCAAUGCAGUCACAAGUACCAAGGCAUAUGCCAGAUUAUAGUGAGGGUGGCCAUGGUUCUAUUCACAAUAAUCGUAGCGUUGGUAGUCCCGGACCUCGAACCAUUUAUUUCUUUGGUCGGCGCGGUGUUUUUCUCCGUCCUGGGUAUCAGUAUUCCGGCGAUCGUGGAAACAAUUUCGUGCUGGGAGGGCCACCUUGGCGCGUACAACUGGAGGCUCUGGAAGAAUUGUGUGCUCGUAGUGUUCUCGAUGUUCGCGCUGGUAUUCGGUUCGUGGAUCUCCAUAAGGAACAUAAUAAAUCUUUAUCCGUAGGUGUGACGCUCUAAAUUCCCACACACGGACACGUACGUAUAAAGAUUCACGUUCGAGGCAGCGGUUUUCUUCGAGAAAGAAAAUACUAGGAGUAUAUCGAAACGCUUUUCGAUGUACGUUCGACAAAAGUGACAUUGUUACGAUAAACGUAACCCGCGUUACGAUGGAGUAUUUACUCUUAAGACUUUUCAUGUACAUUCUGUAUUUAUUUUAACAUUCUACUUAAGCAUUCCUUUUUUUUUUAACACGCGUGUUAUCAUAAAAUUAAUCGCGAGUAUCGUUGCGUAUCGUUUCUCUUAGGAUUUGUUUUUUUUUGUUAUGAAUUCAAUGGAUAGAAUUAAACGGAUGUAACGCAACGAA